AUGCUGAGCUACCCCGGUCCUCUCGUGGCACGCUGCCGCCAAUCGCAAUUAAGGUCAAUUCUUUAUUCCGCGACUUCGAUCCGCGUUCCCACUCCUCGAACCCGGCGAGAACUUUCGACGCUACCGGACCUUCCUCUAUUUCGGGCCCUGGCGUCUCACGACCCAAAAUCUACCUCGAUCGUCCAUAGUGUUUCGGGCCGGACUUUCAACUAUGGAAACCUCCUCGGGGAUACCCUCCGAGCGCAGGAGAAGUUAUUGCAGAUCGCAGGACGGAAUCCCGCGGUGGGAGGCGUGCAAGGACGCCCUGUAGCGUUUCUGGCGGAGAAUAGCUAUGACUACGUGGUGACGCUGCUCUCUGUUCUCGCUUUGGAUGGAAUUGCGCUUCCACUUUCUCCUGCUUUUCCGGUAGGGGAAUUGAGAUACAUCCUGGACAAUUCGCAGGCGGGUAUACUGUUGGCGACGGGGAAAUACGCUUCAAAAGCGAAGGACACUAUUGAAGGCGACUUGGAGAACGUUCCAGUUGUGGAAAUUAUUGACAAGAUAAAUGUUGGAGGAGGCACCGUUUCGGAGUUACAGUUCGAGAAUCGAAGCCAGAAUGGCGGAAUGAUGCUUUAUACUUCGGGGACGACGAACAGGCCGAAAGGUGUUCUUCUUCCACAAUCCGCGCUCAUGGCGCAAACACAAUCACUGGUGGAAGCUUGGGAGUAUUCUCCUCGAGACCGACUGCUUCAUCUCCUUCCACUGCAUCACAUUCACGGCACGGUGAACGCAAUCUUGGCGCCGCUUCUUGCUGGAUCGUCUAUCGAGUUUAUGUUUCCCUUUAACCCUACUGCCGUCUGGAACAGAUUCGCCGCGUCAUUUCUACGAUCCCAAUGCGGAUCCCAAGCCGGCAACACUGCUCCAAUAACGUUUUUUACCGCUGUACCCACCAUCUAUAACCGCCUUCUCUCUACCCAUGCCACUCUCCCACCGGAAACCCAGGAGGCUGCCAAAGUCGCCAUAUCGCCUCGACAUCUCCGGCUAAACAUCUCCGGUUCGGCAGCCCUGCCUACACCCACAAAAUCCGCCUGGACAAACCUCAGCGGCGGCAAUGUCCUCCUUGAGCGCUACGGGAUGACCGAAGUCGGCAUGGCACUAAGCUGCAGCUUAGAUUUCGCGGACCGCGUAGAUGGAAGCGUUGGAUGGCCGCUACCGUCCGUGCAAGCCAGGCUAGUUGACACAGACACCAAUGAAGUCAUCCAGCCAGGAGAAGAAAUCGAUCAAGACGGUCGCGUGAGGGUAGGCGAAAUCCAGCUCCGUGGCCCGACGAUAUUUAAAGAAUACUGGCGAAAUGAGAAAGCCACGAGUGAGGAAUUCGUCCCCGAUCCUGACGGAAAGGGGCAAUGGUUUAAAACCGGAGACGUGGCUAUCAGGCGCACUGUCCAGGGAUCUGGCAAGAGUUCCCGGGCCUGGGCUCGCGGGCCAAUGUACUUCAUCCAAGGGCGGAAGAGUGUGGAUAUCAUCAAGACCGGAGGAGAGAAAGUUAGCGCUUUGGAAGUUGAAAGGGAGCUACUUUCUCUACCUCAAAUCGCCGAGGCUGCUGUUGUUGGCCUUCCGUCUGAACAAUGGGGUCAGAAGGUUGCUGCCAUCCUUGUCCUCAAUCCCACCUCUUCAUUAUUCAGCGGCGCAAAUGGCGGCAAGAAAGAGAAAAAGUUCAGCGCUCUCGAUAUGCGCCGUGCGCUGAAAGAUAAGUUGGCUCCGUACAAGAUACCACAGGAGAUGCGAGUAUUGGAUGGUGGGUUGCCGCGAAAUGCGAUGGGGAAAAUCAAUAAGAAAGUACUUGUGAAGCAAGUGUUUGGAGACAAGUUGUGA